UUUAAUUAUCAUCUUCACCACAUCAAAUCAAAUCAAAUAAAAUCAAUUGAAAAAGCUUACCAUUUCAUUAUAACGUUAAAUUAGUGUUAAUUACAAUAGUGAGCUUGGACCAAGCACUAAUAAAAAGGUAGAUUGUAGUAAUAAAGUGUCACAUAUUAUGGAGGGGGGUGAUAAUAAUAAUAAUAAAAAUAAUAAUGAAAAUAUUAUUAAUGAUUCAACAAUGAGUUUAUUAUUUCAUGGUUGUGACUUAGCCAAGAAAAUGGAAUUGGAUAUUUCUAAUAGUAUGUGGGUUGGUGGUGGUGGUGCCCCUCCAUUGAUUGUAGCACAAAAGUGUGAGGAGAUAAUAGAGGUGUUUAACACGGCAAAGCAGCAGCUUAGUAAUUCCGGCGGUUGUCUGCACCAAUUGCCAUUGGAUUAUCAUCAUCCUUAUCAACCUGCAGAGAUGGAGGCGGUGUUCGAGUACGCGCACCAUCAUCACCCUAAUAACAAAGGUAAAGGAAAGGAGGAGGUAAGAGUCUCUCUGAAAGCUGAUAGCGGUGGCAAAGAUCAAGAAUUUGGAGUACAUGGAAUAAUGACGGAUAUUGGUGGUAGCUCGACUUCGGGUUUGAGGAGCUCAUCAUCGAGGAGGUCUUCAUCAAGAAAUGAUGAAGAAGGGCGCUAUCGAAGGGUGAGGAUGGCAGCUCCAAAGAUAGGGAAUACAGAGAUGCCACCAGAAGAUGGUUUCACUUGGAGAAAAUAUGGUCAGAAAGAGAUUCUUAACGCUAAGUAUCCUAGGAGUUACUAUAGAUGCACACAUCAAAAACUAUACAAGUGCAAAGCCAAGAAGCAAGUCCAACGACUUGACGACGACCCAUUCACCUUUGACAUCCUCUACCGGGAGGAACACACUUGCCACAUGUCCAACACAGCGCCGUCCUCCGUCCCAUCACCACCAUCACAAACCGUUCAAGACAUAUUCCUUACUCCCCACCACCCAAUCACAACCGUUGCAUCUCCUUAUCAUGAGUGGCUUUCAAUAGACCACAGUACUAAACCUUCAUUAUUUGAGAGUGCAUGCACCACAUUUGUCGAACACCAGCAACAACAAGAAUUGUUAUAUCGUGUGAGUAGCAGUAGCAGCAUCCUGUGUACCAGCAAUGCAGAAGGUGAAACCUCCACCGUUAGAUCUCAUAUUGGAAGAGAUCAUCAAGCCGUUGAUCUGUUAAAUAAUCAUCAUAUGGUUGAUUGGACUGAGAUGUUUAAUUCUGGGAGCAGCAGUAGCAAUAGCAUGGAACUUAUUUUUGCCCCUACUCAAGAUAAAUGGGACAACAAGAUUAGAAAAGGUUAAUUAAAAACUAUUUAGCUUCCGUGACCUCACAUUAAUUGAAAAUUUUAAGAUUUAAUGUAAGUUUAAACUUUUAUUAACAAGAAGUAUUAAUUUUAUUCUUUUGAUACGUAUGGCAUAGGUCAUAUAAGAUAGACGCCAUCAUACAGGUAAAUAAAACAGGUAGUGUACAUUAUUAUUCCUUGAGAAAAGGAUUUUCUGAUGUAAUUUUACUUUAAAACGAACCAUGUACGUAGCGACUCUGUAGGAGAAGGUUAAUAGCUACUCUUAGUUUUGUUUGUAUUUCUAUUAAUUCAAUUAUUUAUCUUAAAUAUGUUGCAAAGAGGGAGAUCAAUCGUAAAAAUCUAUUCAU